UGCGUCACGCAGCGUUUUAGUUCGUUGCGUUGCGGGACGAGGGUGUAGAAUUUUAUGGAUCCUCUUGCUGCUGCUCGUGAGACGCAGGUAUCGAAAGAUUUGUGCGAAGUUGUCUACGUUGCGCAGUUGUCACGAUUGGAGUAAAAUCUCGUCGGAAUAGGAUCUCGUCGGAAGCGGAAUUUGGAAUUUGGAACAGGUUAGGGUUCGCGAUUAGGAAGAAGAAUAUUUCUUUCAAGGCCGGAUCGCGAGGAAAUUGGAAGGAGGUAGUAUUUCUUCUACCUGAUCAAAGAAAGGCUCUGCAGGGGUGCAAAGAUGCAGCUGUUUUUAAGGAACAUGGAUGGUCGCACAUUGACUGUUCGUGUUGAAGUCGAUCAGACCAUGGUUGAGUUGAAGCGCUUGGGUAUGCCACAUGCACCCAGCUCUUCGUUGAAUGAACUUUACUUGGCGCAUGAUGGAAGGAUUUUGGCAGAUGAUUUGACCAUAGCAGAGUCUUCAAUCAAGAGUUGUAGCACAGUGUGUCUUGGGUUUAGGCUUCGCGGGGGUGGAGGAGAUGGUGGUGCAACAGGAGCUGAAUCACGAGACUGCUAUUUGAAAAUGUACGCUGAGAAGAAACCGGACAAGGUGGAUCCGAACGAAGCGAAGCUCGCGAAGUCAACCCGCUGCACUAUGUCUGCAGAAGCCUUGAAGCCUCCAUGCGUGAUUGAUUUUCUGGGAAAUCUGUACAACAAAGAAGCAGUUGUUCAGGCUUUAUUGACGAAGAGCGUUCCAAAGAAGUUUAGGCACAUUAUAAAGGGAUUAAAGGACGUGAUACCAAUUCACCUAGCGACCAUUCCUGGUGUCAGCGCGGAUGAUGAUAGCGUAGAAACGAAGUUUCAUUGUCCAAUUACGGGAUUAGAAUUUAACGGGAAGUUUAGAUUUCUCGUUCUUAGAGGCUGUGGUCACGUAUUAAGUGCAAGGGCCCUGAAAGAAGUGCAGACGAAAUCGUGUCUUGUAUGCUAUACUCCAUUCUCUGAGGCUGACAAGGUUGUCAUUAAUGGAACCGAGGAAGAGGUAUUAGCUUUGCGUCAGAGGUGGGAGGAAGAGAAGACGAAGUCUCGUGGUGAGAAGAAGGAAAGGAAAAACCCGAGCACGGACGGUGCAGUGGCGAAGGAGAUGAUUGUAAAACAGCCUCAAAGCGGCGAAGAGCCGAUGACAGCUGUCGAGUCAAAGAUGGAAAACGGUGCGAAGCUAGUUGGGAAAGCACAUUUGCAGGCUACAGCCACACAGAAAAGAAAGACCGAAAUUGUUGUCGAAGUAACUGAGGUUCCAGUAUCGAGGCCGAAGGGGUCUGAUCUUAUUCAACCGUCGAAAAAGUUCAAAGCUGCAGAGAAGCUGCUACCUCAAAAUGCAUCCAAGGAAGUAUACGCGUCCAUUUUCACUUCUUCAAGUAAAAACAGUUUGAGGGAAACGUAUAGUUGCAGAUCACUUCCUCUCGGAAGGAAUUAAGUCACUGUCUAUUUGAGUAGUAUUCUCUCGAGUCGGGAACAAGAAGCACAUUACUGUCAGAAUCUCAUCAAUUAGAGUUUGUAGAUAUCAGAUCAGAUGUUAUUGUACACUAGGGUUUGACCACCGUGUAUUGUGGUUUCUCAGUUCCAUGGAAAAAUACGAUGAGGCAUUUGUGGCACAUUACUGGACAAGUGACUCAAACAGAUUGAUGAAACCAGGUGUGAGAUUAAUGAAGGUCUCUGAUAUGUUGCAGUCGACUGAUAGCGUCUGUUUCCUCAUUGUUUGAAUAGUGGUGAUUGAUGCAGACGUUUCUUUCGAAAGAACAUGUCGACAGGUGUCAGUAG